AUGAGACAGUUCCUGUCAUUGCUGCUGCUGCCAUGCCUGUCUUCGGUAAAAGGAGCAGAAGACUCCAAGUACGGGUCGAUUGUGACACCAAGACAGGUGCCGGACCCCAGUAUUCUAGACAUUGCCUCCGAGAACGAGGACUUGCAGACCUUGGUUUCCGCGGUCCAGUCGGCUGGUCUAGUGGAGGCCCUCGGAGCGGAUGGGCCCCUGACCCUGUUUGCACCCACAGAUCAAGCCUUUGAGGACGCAGGCGUAGAUUUUUUGUUGGAGCCACAAUGGAUUCUUCAUUUACAAUCCGUCUUGCUCUACCAUGUUGCAGCAGGAAGCUUCCUUAGCGAUAAUCUAGCACAAGGCGAAGAGAUCAACUCUCUGUAUGAUGACGAAGCCAUUAACGUUACCGCGGUAGAUCCCCUAAUCAUCAAUGAUGCUCCCGUGAUUACUCCCAACAUCACAGCCAGCAACGGUGUCAUACAUGUUAUUGAUCAGGUGCUCUUUCCAGCCUUCACAGAGACCUCAGUGGUGGAUAUUGCAGCAGGUGUCCCUGAGACCUUCUCAACCUUGGUGGAUUUAUUGGAUCUUGCCAAUCUAACAGAGACGCUGGCGGAUGAUGAGGGCAUCUUUACUGUCUUUGCUCCCACAAACCAAGCAUUUGCAGCUUUGGAUCAAACAACACUAGAGUUUUUGAUGUCCGAGGAGGGGGCUGACGCACUGGAAAGCAUUCUGCUGUACCAUGUUGUUCCUGGUAUUGCCUACUCUAGUGGUGUAGAAAUGGAUGAUACCGCUGUGACCUUGGAAGGAUCCAACAUUACAGUCACAGAGGCUGAUGGUGACACUAUUGUGAUUAAUGGGGUCGCAAAUCUGCUUCAGGGUGAUAUUUUGGCUCGCAAUGGUGUGAUACAUAUCAUCGACAGUGUGCUGGCACCUGCUGUCCCCGUUGCACCCGUAACAACUGACGCUCCUGACGAUUCCAAUGUUUCCACCGUUGACGAGUCAACCGGUGGUGGUGUUGAAGAUGUUGACUUGGAAACAUGGGUAUUCUUGGAUGAAAACUACUCUACUUUUUAUUCACUGUUGAACAUGACUGAUCUUCCGGCUCAACUAACACGCCCCAAUCCGCUGACCUUGAUGGCACCUGACAAUGAUGCCUUUGAGGCACUGCCUGGUGCAGGGAAGUACCUCGAGCCUGAGUGGUAUGCUCAUCUUUAUGAUAUUCUCUUGUAUCAUAUUGUUCCAGGAGAACUUCUCACUGAGAAUAUGACACUGGAUAUGACGGUGCUUACCACUUUGGGCGAGAACUUCAACAUUACCUCGGUGGAACCAGAUAUCACCAUCAACAACAUCUCGAAUAUUGUUGACCCUGAUAUCGUAGUCUCCAAUGGUGUUGCCCAUGGCAUUGAUGCAGUCUUGCUACCACCAUCCGCAGUCUUUGACAUUGUCGAUAUUGUUGUGGCUAGUCCAUUCUUUGAAGAAUUGCUGGGUCUGAUCGUGGCUGCUGGUUUGGACGAAGCUCUUAGGGAAUCCGGACCGUUCACAAUAUUUGCCCCCACCAACAAUGCUAUCAACACGCUGGACCAGGAUUUGGUUGCAUCACUGACCACUCCCGAAGGUCUGCCACAGCUCCGAGCCAUCUUGGAAUAUCACAUUGUUCCGGGCAUUCUGCUCUCUGAUGAAAUCAAUGAUGGAGACAUGGUGGAGACAGCGCAAGGUUCCAUGUUGACGCUAAACAAGGAGGGCGAUGACACAUAUUUUGUCAAUGGUGCUGACAUAUUUGAUAUGGACAUUCUUGCCAGCAAUGGGGUCAUUCACGUAGUAAACCGGGUAUUGAUUCCACCCGAAGAUGCGCCAAUGGUGACAGACGCCCCCGAAACCGACCCCCCUGAGACCAUGGAGACAGGUUCCCCGACCGGCUCCCCAACUGACGAACCAGUGGACGUUGUUGUGGAAGCACCAAUCGACACGAUGCCUGUCGAGGUACAGCAGGUUCCCACGGAAGAGGAAGAAGAACAAGGAGUAGCAACUGACGGUGAAGCCACAGGAGGAGAAGAAGAAGAGCAAGGCACAUACGUCAAUGGUUCUGGUGAAGCAACAACGGAGACUGACGGGGAAGACGAAGACGAGACUGAAGACGAAACUGAAGAUGUGGAUAGCGAAGAUAUUGCUGGCACCAUGAAUGCCACGGACGCAAACACCACCGUGACGGACACAAAUACAACGACAGCACCGGUGGACGAACAACCGGAACCAGAGGGCGGUGAGCGCGAAAUUGAUGCAGAUUCCGACGGUGCAUCCUCUUCGGCACUGUCGAGUCAAAUCAUGCCAUCUUUUGGAGCUGUUCUCCUUAUCCCCGCCUUCCUUCUUCUGUUGUAACCUGGUCAAGGCGAU